CGGUCAUCAUUAUCCGCGCCUCAUAUUGUUUGGCUACACUGGGAGACGUUGUCUUCCCUUGCUUUCAGGUAGCUCAGCUCGCCUUCUCCUUUUCCUAUGUGGCGGUAUCUUGCGGGCGAGUCACUCAAAUUCCACGGAAACACCCGACGGCAGUUCUAAAGCAAUGUGGAGCCGCAUCCUCAAGCUCGCUUCGAAUCUUUGUGCCGGAAACGUUAUCAGAACACGCAAUUCGGAUCUUUCAUGGAGCCGGAACUUCUACAGCUGGGCGGUUCCUCAACCAAACGGAGCCCCCACCGGUCUCUACGGAUUUGACCAUCUCAAGAACCCCAAGGGAUUUCAACGCUUUGUAGACGACGCCAUCGAGAGGUGCGGGGAACUGGUGAAUUAUAUAUCAGGGAUGCCUUCAUCUGCGGAGAUUGUUCGAGCCAUGGAUGAAAUUUCAGAUACAGUUUGUUCUGUUAUUGAUUCUGCGGAACUCUGUAGACAAACUCAUCCAGACAGGGAAUUUGUUGAGGAGGCUCACAAGGCAUCAAUGAGACUAAAUGAAUAUCUACAUUAUCUUAAUACAAAUCAUACUCUCUAUGAUGCGGUAAAAAAAGCCGAGCAAGAUGAUUAUCUGCUUACCAAGGAAGCUCAUAGAGCGGCUCAUCACUUGCGGAUUGACUUUGAAAGGGGCGGAAUUCAUCUAUGUCCUGAGAAGUUGGAUCGAGUAAAUAAGCUAAACCUAGAGAUUUUUCAGCUAUGUCGAGAAUUCGGUGAAAAUAUUGCAAGCGACCCAGGUCAUGUCAAUAUAUUCCCAGCAUCAUGCAUUCCAAAGCGCAUACACCAUCUCCUUAAGCCCAUUUACCGUCUUGCUUCGGGAGAUGCAGUAGCUAAGAAUAAAAUGAAAGAGAAGGGAUUUCAAAUAACUACAGAGCCUCGGAUUCUUUCUUCUGUUCUGCAAUGGACACCAGAUGAGCAAGUUAGAAAAAUGGCAUAUGUGCAAGGAAACUCAGUUCCAUGCUCAAACCUUGAAGUUCUUGAUAAGCUUAUAGUUGCUCGUCAUGAGCUUGCACAGAUAAUAGGGUACAAAUCCUAUGCUGAAUUUACAGUGAAGCCAAACCUUGCUUCAUCACCAAAGGUUGUAAAAUCCUUUUUGCUUGAGAUGAGCGAGAUGGUCCGUCAAAAGGCUGAUGAGGAAUUUAGGGCAAUCAGGGAUUUCAAAAGAGACAAAUCUGGUGAAGAUUUUGUAGAGUUAGAACCAUGGGAUGAGACACAUUACACAGCAAUGAUGAAAUCCUCUGCUUACAAUUUGGACUCUUCAGUUGUGGCUUCAUAUUUUCCCUUGCCUCAAUGUAUUGAGGGACUGAAAGUGCUGGUGAAGUCACUAUUUGGUGCCACAUUUUUCGAUGUUCCUAUGGCUCCUGGAGAAUCAUGGCACCCUGAUGUGCUUAAAAUGUCCCUCCAUCACCCUGAAGAAGGUGAUUUAGGGUAUCUGUACCUUGAUUUGUACUCAAGGGAGGGCAAGUAUCCAGGUUGUGCUAAUUUUGCAAUUAAAGGAGCACGCCGAAUUUCUGAUACAGAGUAUCAACUUCCUGUUGUGGCGCUCGUUUGCAAUUUUUCAUAUCUUCGUGAAUCAUCAACUGUAAAACUUAAUCAUUCAGAAGUAGAGACUUUAUUUCAUGAGUUUGGGCAUGCUCUCCAUUCUUUACUUUCGCGGACGGAUUACCAACAUUUUUCUGGUACCAGGGUGGUUCUGGACUUGGCCGAGAUGCCUUCAAACCUGUUUGAGUAUUACGCUUGGGAUUACAGAGUCUUAAAGACGUUUGCUAGACACUAUUCAACUGGUGAAAUUAUACCUGAGAAGUUGGUAAAAUCAAUGCAAGGUGCCAGAGACAUGUUUGCUGCAACUGAAUUGCAGCGUCAGACUUUUUAUGCCCUGGUUGACCAAACACUCUUUGGGGAACAAGCAGCCAUUCAUAGAGAUACAAGUUCCAUGGUUGCAGAAUUAAAAAGGCAACAUACAAGCUGGAAGCAUGUGGAGGGCACUAAUUGGCACAUACGAUUUAGUCACCUGAUAAAUUAUGGUGCAGGUUAUUAUAGCUACUUGUAUGCCAGAUGUUUUGCUGCAACUAUAUGGCAAAAGCUAUGCCAAGAGGAUCCACUAUCUUUGACCACUGGAACUGCUCUCAGAACAAAAUUCUUGCAGCAUGGAGGAGCCAAAGAACCAGUUGAUUUGUUGAAUGACCUCAUAGGGGAAGGAAUUAUCAGGCACUGUGGUGAUGGCGUAAUUCCCGACACAAGUUGUUUACUAAAUGAAGUGAAAUUGGCGGGAGAGAAGUAAGAGCUGCUCCUGUUCUGGAUGAAGUAUCAAUUCAGAGGCAAA